AUCAAGAAAGAUGUAUGGUGGUGCCAAACGCUUGCGGAAUUUCCAGUAGAACUUGCAGGUCAGCAGCGGGCCUUAAAAAGCCACCUCCUCAGAUCCCAUGACGGGAAGGCACUAUCUCUUCAGAAGAAAAGACGAAGGGAGCACAAAAAAUGAUCAUACACAGCAGGGAGCUCACAACCAAUAUGAGCCGGCCACGCCGGACCACAUGUCGUCUGUAAGACAAGUAUUUCUGGACAAAUAUCGAGAUAACAUUGAGAAAGGUUGCUAUGAUGACCGAGAUUUGGAAAAGAUUAAGACCGAUGAUUUUCUCUUGGAACUCUACUGCAGACACCAGCCUAAAGCCAAAGUUGAAGAAGUUGCCUCCUUAAUUCAUGAGUCAUUAAAAUGGAGGAUGGAAUACCAAAUAAAUGAUUUAUCGGACGAUAGUUUUGAUGAUAAAAUGUGGGAACAACGUGCAAUAUUUUUCCAUAAUACAGACAAAGAUGGACACAAAGUCUUGAUCACCCAAGUUAAAAUGCACCGAAAAGGUGACAGUCACUAUCUGCUGACGGUGAAAAAGUUCUUUGCUUGGCACAUAGAAAAAGCCUUUCAAGAAAACCCUGGUGAACCGCUAAUGCUGUUAUUUGAUAUGGAUGGUGCUGGGCUUGCGAAUUUGGACAUGGACUUUAUCAGAUUUUGCAUAAACUGUUUCAAAUCUAAUUACCCAUGUAUUUUAGGAUUAAUGUUGGUAUAUGAAAUGCCUUGGAUUUUUAAUGGUGAGUUACUGUGUCUAACUUCCAUGUGUCUAACUUCCAUGUGGUUUUGUCAAAUAUUUUUGUUAUUUUAUUGUUUGAUGCGGAGUUUCACGCCUGCAGAUAAGGUCCACUCCAGCUACACUGCGAGUGGGACCAUGUUUUGUGAACCAGACACUGUCACCAACAGCAAAAUUUCACCUGAUGGCGCAUCAAGUUCAAGAAAGGUGAAGAUAUCAGAACCAAGCUCAUUACUUAGGAGCUACAGUUCAGAUAGUUUCAAAGAAGGAAGUAGGCUGCCAUUGGCUCUAAGUUCUUUAGAAAAGAAAUUUCAAAACAAAGACAAUUGUUUUCAAACUCGUCUUUUGUCAAUCAGGCCUGCUGAUGAAUUGUGUUUUCAACUGGAUGAGAAUGUGAAAGAGAUUUAUAGCACUAUCAGCCUUUCAAACACAUUAACAAACCCUAUUGCGUACAAGGUGAAAACAACAUCUCCAGAGAAGUUUCGAGUACGGCCCAGCGGUGGUGUGGUCAGACCUGGCUCUCCUGUUACGGUCAAUGUUCAUAUUCAGCCAGGUUUUGAAAACAAAAUUCAGUCUGAUAAGUUCCUGGUACGAGCAAUGGAAGUAACUGAUGAAAGCAAAGAUGUAGCAGAGCUGUGGAAGACGGUUCAAAGAGAAUCUAUUAUGGAACACAGAUUACGUUGUAUUAUAAAUUCUGAACCGGUUUGUUCCAAACCAGCCAAUGACAUCGCAACUUUAACAGAAAAGGUGGAAGUGCUCCAGUCAGCUGUCAGUCGCAUUGAGAGACGCCAACAGCAUGUCAUCUUACUCCAGCUUGUUUUCCUCCUCGUCGUCAUUCUUGCCAUAGUUUCAGACUACUGGCAGUCUUUGUCUGCACCUCAAGAUCACAAGUCAAAGUACUGUCAAGCUCAAUGAUUCCUGUCUUACGAAUCGUCCGUCAUUGGCUCCCUUUAGCUGUUCACAGCGGUUGUUGAUGCAUUAACAACCUCGAUAUUGUUAAUCCUCCCUCCCCAUCCUACUGCCCACCUUUUCUGUUAUUGAUUAGCUGAGUAACGACCUCCAGAGUAAGUCAUCAAUCACACUGGUUUGCUGAGGAACAACCCAUGACGAUUGUGGAACAAAUUUGGCAGAACCGGUAGAGCUUCAGACAAAACAGUCUUGUGGUAUUUAGUUAUGGGCCUUUAUGUUCUGUGUUCAAAUCCCUUGAAGACCAACUUUGCCUUUCGUCCUUCCAGGGUCUGAUAAAAUAAAGUACAACUUAAGAUCUGGGUUCCGUUUAAUUAAUUAUUUACCCUUCCACAAAAUUUCUGGCCUUUUGUCUAUACUAGAAAUUAUCAAUUAAUUAAUUGAUUAAAAUAAUUAUUUUGAUUUCGUGUACGAUUUAGGAAUGGUUUACUGUGUACUAUAGCUUCAUCAAUACUCUGUCAUUGGAAAAGAUGUUCAUGAUAGAUUAAUUAUACAUUCUAGAAAGAUCUCACAUGCCUAUGGUAUUUCAUCUUCCUCACAUUUCUAAUUUUGUGCGCGCUAGCAUAUACACACACACACACACACACACACAUGCAUACAUACGUACAUACAUCGGUGCAUGCAUAGUUGUGUCUAAAUGUGCGUCAAUACAUGUAUAAAUUCACAAGUGUAUGUAUAUCACACACACACACACACACAUAAUUAUAUCCAUAUGUACACAAAUUCAUAGUUGUUUUACAUAUAUAUAUAUAUAAUAUGUAUGUAUGUAUAUCAACACACACACAUACACACUUAUAUGCAUACACAUGCAUACAUACAUGUAUACAUCAACACAAGGCUGUGAUAAGAGCUGUCUGUAUGGUCCACUUUCCAUGGAACUUCAGAGGGAAGAGAUUCAGUGUGAACUAGUUAGGAGUUGGGGGGGGGGAUAUUGGGUUUUCUUCCAUCAAUUAGCAGCAGCAGCAGUAGUAGUAGAAUUUGUCAUUGUUACUACUCAAAAUAGUGUCUUGUGAUAGAAAGCAGGUUAGUCAUCAGAUUUAGUGGCAGAGAAUGAGGAUUUUGGUCCUCAGAUGAAAUGUUUUGGAGUAAAUUAAGGAAUUCAGUUCUAUAUUUGAGAGAUGAGGAAUUAUGUACAUUAUUUACAUUUGACAGAUAUUUGUCUUGAUCCUGUUUGUUGUUAACCACGGGCAUAUGGUGCAGUGGUUAAGAGCGCAGACUACUAAUUCCAAGAUUCCGAGUUCGAUUCCAGGUAGUGACCUGAAUAAUAAUAGUAAUAGUAAUAAUAAUAAUAAUAAUAAUGACAUUGGGAAAAUACCUUAGGAGUGAGAGCCAAGGUUCAAAAUUUCCCCAGAACACCUGAUGAAGGCUGGAGGGUAUAUCAGCUGAAACAUUGUGUUAACAACAAAAAAGAUGAGGACAAAUAUCCGUCAAAUGUAAAUAAUGUAAAUUAAGGAGUUUAGUCAUUAAUUGGUGAGAGUACUGGGAAGUGUAGUCAUAAAACGAAGUAGUGCAGUUAGUAGUCUUGUCAUCAGAUGAAGUGAUGGGAGUACCAAGGAGUUUAGCCAUGAAACAAAGUAAGUAUUAGGGAGUUUAGUUGUUAAAUGAAGAGAUGGAAGCACUUGGGGAAUUUAGUUAUGAGUUGAGGUGGUGGGGAUUCUAGGAAGAUUAUUCAUUGGAUGAAUGACUUGAGUAAUAGGGAGUUUAAUAUGAUGGAAGAAAGAGUUGUUGAAACAAAUGUGAUACUCAUAAUUUCUUAACACUGAAUCAUUAAAUUGAAAACAAUGUCUUGACUUCAUUUAAGAGGAUGGAAAGUUUUGUCCUCCACCUAAGAACUGCAGAUUGAUUAAUUCAUUAACAUACUGAGCUGGACACAACUGUUACAAUGGGACUGGCAUUUUGGUCAGCUUAGACACUUUGGUUUGAAGUAUAUUUCUCUUUUGCUUACCAACCACAUGGUUCCGGGUUCAGUCCCACUGCGUGGCACCUUGGGCAAGAGUCUUCUACUAUAGCCUCGGGCUGACCAGAGCCUUGUGAGUGGAUUUGGUAGAUGGAAACUGAAAGAAGCCCAGCAUGGAAAACAGAUGUUAAAUGAUGAUGAUGAUGAUAGAUAUAUGUAUGUGUGUGUGUCCCAACAUCGCUUGACAGCCAGUGCUGUUUACAUCCCCGUAACUUAGAGGUUUGGUAAAAGAGACUGAUAGAAUAAGUACUAGGCUUACAAAGAAUAAGUCCUGGGGGGUCGAUUUGCUCGACUAAAGGCAGUGCUCCAACAUGGCCGCAGUCAAAAUGACUGAAACAAGUAAAAGAAUAAAAGAAUAUAUGUGUGUGUGUGUGUGUGUUAUUAAUAUCACCUAAAGAAGGGAUUUCUUUUCCACUCACCAAAGUGAAUGGAGUUCUGGCCAAGUGGAAUUUAUGUCAUCAGACCAUACCCCUUUCUCUCUCUCUCUCUCUCUCUCUCUCUCUCUCUAUUUAUAUAUAUAUAUGUAUAUAUAUAAGUAAGUGAAUACCUCUAUUUGGAUCCACGGCAAGGUUGGGAGCAAUUAUUUGUGACAGAAAUUAAGUAACCAGCUCACUGAAAGCUUCUUUCUUAAGAAAUUUCUGGAAUAAACCUCUUAGUUAUCAAUUGAACAAUUCCAAAUUAAAAUCUACCAAGAUAUGUAAUGGUACACUAGUUCUCAUUUUACACACACACUCACACACACAUACGCAUGCACACAUGUGCACAGACAUAGAUGCAUGUUUGUGUAUAUGUGUAAACAUCUAUAUAUACCUCCGAAACUCUUGACCACCAUUCUGCAUCUUAUGACAGACUGGAAGUCAACUACGUGACCAACCAUGCUGAUAAACUUCAAAUGAAAGAGGUAUCGCUCCAACAACCAGAAUCAUCAGAGGAAUGUCUAAAUACAGAGACAUGAAACUCUGCAUAAUGGUAUGCUGUUAGUUGGAACUGUAAAAACUAUAACGCUAUAAAAUAAAUAUUUAAUCUUA